UAAAGGCUGUCCAAAUCGAACGUUUCCUCGACGCCCCAUAAAGCCACGCCCAUUGAGCAGAGAGCCAGCCGACAACCAUGCGCUUCACCGCACUCACCUUCGCCGUCAUUGCUGCCCUCAGCAGCCUCGCCAGCGCGCAGUUCCGACUCACUCCCUGCGCCGCAGUCUGCGCAAAAGAAAAAUGCGGCGAGCCCAUGCCGCGCUACUGCGUGUGCGGUGACAGGCGUGCCGACGUCGAUAAAUGCAUCGAGUCCAAUUGUCCGGAGGGCCUCGAGAGGAGCCAGGCGCAGCGGUCGAUGAUCGGUCUGUGCGGCCGCGCGCGGGUGGAGGGAAUGGAGGAUGGCCAGCAGGCUCCGAUGGUUGAACAGCUGGGGGUCUAGAGGGAAUAAAGGUGGUGUUGGGGCGUCG